GUAAAUCCCCACCAAAUGAGGAAAAUAGAUGAGCUUGAACAGCAGCUGGCAUAUGGACAAGCACCAGUCCCUGUGUUUGAGCCCUACUUCUGUGUGCUACGGCAAGACUUGAAAACAUUCCAAUGCCACAAAUCUGAGAAAAGUUUUGAAGAGCUGCCAGGACUUGUCCGAUUGCCUGUUGUUCGGCUAGACGAUGGGAAACGACAGUUUGACCGGAGAUGGGGUUACGAAACACUACAGAGAAUCUGGGAGAACACUGUACAACACUUUCAUAUUGUGUCCACUGAGAAACUGUACAAGAACAGAUUGGAUGCCAACUUUAUGAAUGAAAGCCUUCCAGAUCUUACCCGCAGUCAUGACUCCGCUUUGUUUUCGAAGAAGCGCUCAACAUUCAAGAAAUUAUUUCACACAUCCUAUGAGAAACUGUCAGGAGAUCGAGACUCACGGAGGGGCAGUGUGCCUGUGGUUCCAUCUGUUGUCGUCGAGGACACGGUUGCCAUGGAAACACCCACUUCUACGCCCUCACGCUUCACUAAUUUUCUGAUAAGAAAAGGAUUCAAAACCAAUUUGAAGCGAACAAAAUCGGCUCACAAGUUGGACAGAAAACGUAAUGGAAUUUCAACGCCUGAACCAGAAAGCAACACAAUUGUUGGCACGUUAAAACGAACGAUGAGUCUUGGACGACUGACCAGGAAACGAGCGCGAUCGAAAUCUACGGAUCUGAGCACGAACAAAAUGCACAGCACACCCGAGCACUUCACUCCAUGCGACUGCGUCACUCCAAGCCCAGAAACUAGCAGCACCUGGUAG